CAAGGUUACAUUGCAAUAUAUAACAGGAGGUAAUGUGCAAUAAUCUAAUAUUAAUGUUUACAAGAACCAGCAGCUCUGGUGUCUCUCAGUCAUGCAGUUGUUGAUCUUAGCCCUUUGUUCGGGUUUAGCCGUUUAUGGUUAUCCAACGUACCCAAUAAAUCCGGGAGUAGGAGCAAUAUAUAAAGGGCCGAAUGCUGAGACAAUAAUAGAAGGUCCCGAUGGAAGUAAAAUAACGGCAGUGGCAGAAGGAGCUGAAGUAGUGACUGGACCAGAAACUCCAGGAGUGGUAUUGGAAGAAAAACCAGUUGCUAUCGAACCCGUCGAAUCCAGAAUCAUAGGAGCAGAUUUGGGACCUAUUGAUAUACAACCCAUUUCGAUAGUUAACCACGAAUGGAAGGGAAAACCAAUUGUUGUCGAUGAAAAUAUUCCAUUAAUAUCCCAUCGAAUAGGGGAAGUAUCCCCUAUCUCUUUGACUGCUGCUGAACAUGUAGCUGUUGCUCCAACAGUUGUAGCUGUACCGGUAGAAGAAGAAGAUAGUGUUAAUAUUGAAGGGCCAUCUGGAACUAUAUCUACUAGCGGUCAAAAGGCUGUUAUUGCCGGACCAGCUUCUACAACAUUUUCUGGACCGGGGGGAACCGCAGAAAUACAGAACGAUAUCGUCAAGUCAUCUGUAAUAUCCACACCAGUCGCACAAAUAGCUCAUGUCGCCACAGAAGUUUCAGGUGUUGCAAACACUGCCGCCAUUAAUGAAAUUGCGGUUUCAGAAGCAGUAAAUCAACAUUUGAUUAAUGAAGCUGCAGCAAACCAGGCUGCUGCAAUUGCAAAUCAGCACUUGAUAAAUGAAGCUGCUGCAAGUCACGCGGCUGCCGCUGCAAAUCAACAUAUAAUAAAUGAAGCUGCUGCAAGUCACGCGGCUGCCGCUGCAAAUCAACAUAUAAUAAAUGAAGCUGCGGCAAGUCACGCGGCUGCCGCUGCAAAUCAACAUAUAAUAAAUGAAGCUGCCGCGAGUCACGCGGCUGCCGCUGCUAAUCAGCAUUUAAUAAAUGAAGCUGCCGCAAGUCACGCGGCUGCCGCUGCAAACCAACGUUUAAUAAAUGAAGCAGCCGCAAGUCACGCGGCUGCCGCUGCAAACCAACGUUUAAUAAAUGAAGCUGCCGCAAGUCACGCGGCUGCCGCUGCAAACCAACGUUUAAUAAAUGAAGCUGCUGCAAGUCACGCGGCUGCCGCUGCAAACCAACAUUUAAUAAAUGAAGCUGCUGCAAGUCACGCGGCUGCUGCAAGUCACGCUGCUAAUCAGCAUUUAAUAAACGAAGCCGCUGAAAGUCACGCCGCUGCCGCUGCAAACCAACGUUUAAUAAAUGAAGCUGCUGCAAGUCACGCGGCUGCGGCUGCAAAUCAGAAUUUGAUUAAUGAAGCUGCAGCUAGAGAAGCAGCUGCAAUUGCGCACCAACAAUUUGCUCACGAGGAAGCAUCUAGGCAAGCGGCAGCUGAAGAAAUUGAACGACGGAAUAAUGAAGCUUUGACAAGGGAGGCUCUUGCAUUAGAAAUUGGGAGAAGAGUUGAAGCAAGUGCUAUUGAAGAAGCGAGACGCCAACAUUUCUUGAACAGAGAUGCUUCAAUACCACAUGGGAGAAUAGCUGAUGCAUCUGCAAUUGCCAAUAAUAAUCAGCAUUUGUUACACGAAGCUGCUGCUAAUCAAGCCCAUGUUGUUAAUGGAGCACAUGCUGUUGCAACGGCAUCAGUAUCAGCAUCAGCAUCUGCUGAAGCUUCAGCAAUCGCAAAUGCUGCAGUUAACAUCGGACAACAUGCCUAUCUAAAUGAAGCUCUCCAUGAAGCUAAUGGAGCUGUGUGGGCUCCUGCUACAUAUCUUCAACCACCUGUAGUGGAUGCUAUUUCAGCAGAUCAAGCGAACCUGCUGGCUGUCGAAUCGAAUAAAAUUAGACUCUACAGGGAUACUAAAGAAUCUACAACCACGGAUGGAAAAGGCGCAGAUGGGGAAAAAGACGAACACCCUGAUUCAAAGGUAUCUAAGAUUGAACAGGAUAAUGUUCAUGUUCACCACGAUAAAUCUGGUGAAAAACCGGUUAAAGAUGAAUCUGAUGUAAAACCAGUUAGGGAGGAUGUUAUAGAACAUAAAGAGAUCGACAGUGAGAAGUUGGAAAAAGUAAAGAACAACAAUGGUGCUUUUUCAGUUUAG